AUGUUUGGUAACGGACGUGCAAGGUCUGGAAUUAUUGUGCUUCCCUGUGGAGCGGGAAAGACUCUGGUCGGAAUCACGGCUGCCUGUACGAUCCGUAAGUCGGUUAUUGUGCUCUGUACGUCCUCUGUUUCCGUGAUGCAAUGGAGACAGCAAUUCUUGCAAUGGUGCACAAUUCAACCCGAGAACGUUGCUGUGUUCACGUCUGAAAACAAGGAGAUGUUUUCAGGAGACGCUGGGCUGGUGGUUUCGACAUACUCCAUGGUUGCCAAUACUAGAAACCGUUCUUACGACGCCCAAAAAGUGAUGGACUUCCUUACGUCUCGUGAAUGGGGAUUCAUCAUUCUGGACGAGGUGCACGUCGUUCCCGCUGCCAUGUUCCGGAGAGUCGUCACAACCAUUGCUGCGCAUGCAAAACUGGGUCUCACGGCUACGCUGGUCCGUGAGGACGAGAAGAUUUCCGAUUUGAACUUCCUCAUUGGUCCAAAGCUCUACGAGGCCAACUGGAUGGAGCUUUCGCAAAAAGGACACAUUGCCAACGUCCAGUGUGCAGAAGUUUGGUGUCCAAUGACCUCAGAAUUCUAUCAAGAGUAUCUGAGAGAAAGCGCGCGCAAAAGAAUGCUUCUUUACAUCAUGAAUCCUACAAAGUUCCAGGCUUGUCAGUUCCUGAUCCACUAUCACGAAAAACGUGGAGACAAAAUUAUUGUCUUUUCAGAUAAUGUCUACGCUUUGCAAGAAUACGCACUCAAGCUUGGAAAACCGUUCAUUUAUGGUUCCACGCCGCAGCAAGAGAGAAUGAACAUUUUACAGAACUUCCAGUACAACGAUCAGGUCAACACGAUUUUCCUGUCGAAAGUCGGAGAUACCUCCAUUGACCUGCCCGAAGCCACUUGCCUGAUCCAAAUCUCGUCUCACUACGGUUCCAGAAGACAGGAAGCCCAGCGAUUGGGCAGAAUUCUGCGAGCUAAACGGAGAAACGACGAAGGUUUCAAUGCAUUCUUUUACAGUCUCGUUUCCAAAGACACUCAGGAAAUGUAUUACUCGACCAAAAGACAGGCGUUCUUGGUUGAUCAGGGUUACGCAUUCAAAAUUAUCACGCAUCUUCACGGAAUGGAGAACUUGCCGAACCUCGCAUACUCGACGGCCAAGGAACGCCGCGAACUUCUUCAGGAGGUGUUGCUGAAGAACGAAGAUGUGGCAGGCAUUGAAUUGGGCGAAGAUUCCGAAAACCUUGUUGGUAACGGAGUCUCUAAAAAACUGAAGAACACCUCCAAGGCAGUGAAGAACCAAGGAUCGCUGGCCGGUCUGGCAGGAGGUGAAGACAUGGCUUAUGUCGAAUAUUCUAAGAGUAAGGCCAAGGAAGUUGCUCACCACCCAUUCUUCCAGAGAAACUACUACAAAAAGAACAAGAGAAAGAAGCAGAAUCAAUAG